AUGACGAUACCGGAGGAUCAUUCCGAUCUGUAUCCUAUCCGUUAUGUUUACAAUUAUGUCUCUGAACAUGGCGGUUAUCUUCAACGUCCGACGUUGAAACUGAACAAGCACCUAGAAUCGAAGAUAUUCUUACGCCUAGGAUCUCCAGUAAUUCGCGAACGAGACAUCAAGGAAGAUGAGCGAAAUAGCGUCAUGCUGUUCCCUUCAGCGAGUAGUGUAUACUGGCCCACCGGAAUUCAGAUUGUGGGACAGACCAGACAUUGGAAAGCACAACUAGACAAGACUGUCCAAGGUCUGGAGGACUUUGCUUCGGAUUGUAUAGCAAAGGAGAUAUUUUGCAAACAUGGGAAGACCUUUGCGGAGCAUGCACGGGGCGAAAUGUCCAGCUUUGCGGACGGGUGGUUCAGAUUCUACCUGUAUAUGCUGCCUUGUCCUGACGAAACGAGAGCAAUUCUCUUGGCCCAGGCGAACUUGUACGUCAUGUUAUUUGAUGAGAUAUGGGAACUGGAAGAUGAAUACGGAGUAUCCAGUUUUCAUAAUGACUACAUGUCACGGAUGAUUUCUUCACCCGGAUAUGUGAUUGAUCCUCCCAAAUCAUCAGGACAGGCUCACAUCGAUUCGACCAUCCAACAGCUCCAUGAGCAGGACAGAAUACGUGGGAAUGGUGGACGAGAGGUAAUUGAAACACUCAAGCAAUUCUUCUGCCAUAAACCUCCACCAAAGCGGUUCGAAAAUAUGGACCAGUAUUUGGAUUAUCGAUUUGAGGAUAUAGGAAUCCCGUACAUUAUGGCGUGUAUUAAAUUCUCAGCAGCCUCCGAUGUGGAUCUGAAGGAUCCGAAGUUAAAGACAUUCAUCCGGCUGGCCGGUAGCCACAUUUUGAUCGUAAACGAUCUUGGCUCUUGGGCAAAGGAAAAGCGAGCCUAUGACUCAGGCAAGGCGGCAUAUUUGAUCAAUGCUGUGGAUGUGAUGAAACAGCUGCUUCGUCUGCAGUCUGACAGCAAUUCAGUCUCCAUGACAUACGCUUUCCAACUUCAGCUUGAAUGCGAUCUUGACGCUGAAAUUGAGAGGCUCAUGUUUGCGAAUACACUAGAUUCGGAGCAGUGGUAUUUCAUCCAUAUCACCCUGCUGUUUCUCACUGGCACUGUGGCAAGUACCGUAUUUAUGUCACGAUAUGGUGGUGAAAAAGCCAGGAUUUACCCGAGCUCUAAAUAAGUCCGAAACUCGUAUUUGAUGGUUUUAUUCACAGCUCUGAUUGGGGUUCAAGCCUAUUUUGAGGUCAUACAUUACCCUAUGUAUUUCCUUUUGUCCAAACUCUACUCGCCUUGGCUUUGACUACCAAAAUCUACAUUGAAGAUUUCUAUUCGGCUUUCUCUCUAUUCAUCGACUGUUUCGACGAGCUAGUCCUAUCCGAAG